AUGUCGAAACGACCCGCAGACAGUGGGGACUCCGGUUCCCAACCGCCUAUAAAGAAGGUACAAUUUGAACCGAUUCUAAUUGGACCAAUAUCUACUCUUGAGGAAAUGGACAUGAAGGUUUUGCAGUUCCAGAACAAGAAGCUGGCACAGAGAUUAGAACAAAGGCAUAGAAUGGAAGCUGAAUUAAGACAACGUAUCGAACAAUUAGAGAAACGUCAAAUGCAGGACGAUGCAGUACUUAAUGUUGUUAAUCGAUAUUGGAAUCAACUCAAUGAAGAUAUACGUGUACUAUUGCAGAGAUUCGAUGCUGAAACUGCUGAUGAAUCAGAAAAUAAAAACGAGAGCGAGGCUACAACGUCGUUUCUUAUGCAAUUAUCUUCCUGGGACAAAGAAGAGUUGGAUGACAAAUUGGCAAACCGUGUACAGGUGUCGAAACGAGCUGUGUCUAAAGUUGUACAGGCGUUUGAUCGUUUAUCUCAAAGAAACGAAAAGAUCACUCUUGCGCUUAAAGGAGAAUUUAACGGUGAAGAAGCACCAAAUAUGGACGAAGUCGUACGUCGUGCCAAUGCGGAAAUACAAAUGGAAAACAGAAAUCUGCAGGCGAUAAAUAUACAAUUGCACGAAAAGUACCACACUAUCUCAUUAAAGAUGUCAGAACUGCAAGAUACAAUAACGGGAAAAGAUACGCUUGCGGCAGAAUUGCGAAAUCAAGUCGACGAUCUGCAGUACGAAUUGAACAAAGUACGGGCGAGAAACGAUAAGUUGGAACAUCACCUUGGAGAAGCGAUUGAAAAGUUGAAAGCUUUUCAGCAGAUUCACGGCACGGAUGAGAAAGGCAGUAAUAAACCGAAUACUUUAGUUGCAUCCAGUGUUUCUCAAACCAAGCUGGACGACUUACAAAGAGAACUUGAAGAGACACGCGAAUUGGCUAACAAUAGACUGCAGGAAUUGGACAAACUGCAUCAGCAACACCGCGACACCUUAAAAGAAGUGGAAAAAUUGAAAAUGGAUAUAAGACAGCUUCCCGAAUCGGUAAUCGUAGAAACGACAGAGUACAAAUGUUUGCAAUCGCAAUUUUCCGUGCUAUAUAACGAGUCUAUGCAAUUAAAAACACAAUUGGAUGACGCUCGCCAACAAUUGCAGUCGAGCAAGAAUGCACAUCUACGCCACAUUGAGAUGAUGGAGAGCGAAGAGUUAAUGGCUCAAAAGAAAUUGCGCGGGGAGUGUAUACAACUCGAAGAUGUUUUAGCACAAUUACGCAAGGAGUACGAAAUGCUUCGCAUUGAAUUUGAACAGAAUCUAGCUGCCAAUGAACAGACAGGUCCAAUUAAUCGAGAAAUGCGGCAUCUGAUUACCUCUCUUCAGAAUCACAAUCAGCAAUUGAAAGGAGAAGUGCACCGAUACAAGCGAAAGUACAAAGAAACUUCUAUUGAAAUACCUCGACUAAAAAAGGAAGUAGAGGAAUUGACAACCAAGUUGGGCCAACAAACGGCGCAAGAAAAUAAAGAAGGGAAUACGUCAGACGGCAGCGGAAAAGAAGAAGAUGCCUCAAAUUCGUUGCCAGGUUCUACACAGAUAAAAGAAGAAAGUGGUGUUACGAUAAAGAGGGAGUCUGGUGCUGACGAAGAGGUAGAAACUAUUGAGGUUGGAGAAGGUGAAGGCAACAAAAACACGCCAGAUUCUCUAACGUUAACGUCGCCGACUUUAAAGAAGGAGAAGGAUAUAAAACGUGAGAAGGAUAUCAAGAAAGAAUCUGUGAAAACUGAACAUCGGGAUCCUGCACAUCGCACUAAAGAUGCAAAGAUGGCGGAAUCGGAGCUCGUGAGGGACUUGAAGGCACAGCUCAAAAAAGCUGUGAAUGAGAUGAAAGAAAUGAAACUUUUAUUAGAUAUGUACAAAGGUGUUGGAAAAGAGCAACGGGACAAAGUACAGUUAAUGGCUGCGGAGCGUAAAACGAGAGCCGAGUUGGAGGAUUUGCGACAGCAGGUCAAAAAAAUUCAAGAAAGUAAACGCGAGGAACGUAAAAAAUUAGCUGACGAAGAUGCGCAGAUAAAGAUAAAAAAAUUGGAAGAACAAGCGUAUACAUUGCAACGUCAAGUUGCAUGUCAAAAACAGACGUGUAUCUGGCUGCAGGAGGAAGAGGCGCUUCUGAACGAGAUGGAAGUGACCGGGCAAGCAUUUGAGGACAUGCAAGAGCAGAACUCUAGACUCAUACAGCAGCUGCGUGAAAAAGAUGACGCGAAUUUCAAACUCAUGACAGAGAGGAUCAAAAGUAAUCAAUUGCACAAGCUCGCGAGGGAAGAGAAGGACGUGCUGAAGGAGCAAGUAUUAACACUAACAACGCAGGUGGAAGCGGCCAAUGUAGUUGUACGAAAGUUGGAAGAGAAGGAGCGUCUCUUACAAAACUCUCUCGCCACGGUGGAAAAGGAAUUGGCGCUGAGACAGCAGGCAAUGGAAAUGCACAAGCGGAAAGCGAUAGAGAGCGCACAGUCUGCGGCUGAUCUGAAACUUCACCUUGAAAAGUAUCAUUCCCAAAUGAAGGAAGCGCAACAAGUCGUAGCUGAGAAAACAAGUUCCUUGGAAGCUGAAGCAUAUAAAACUAAAAGAUUACAGGAGGAGAUUGCGCAACUCAGACGCAAGGUUGAGCGUAUGAAGAAGAUUGAGCUCGCUGAAACUCUAGAUGAAGUAAUGGCGGAAGAGUUGCGGGAGUACAAGGAAACUUUAACGUGUCCGUCUUGUAAGGUAAAGCGUAAGGACGCCGUCCUCACCAAGUGCUUCCACGUGUUCUGCUGGGACUGUCUGCGUACACGUUACGAAACACGGCAACGGAAAUGUCCCAAGUGUAACUGCGCUUUCGGCGCCAACGACUACCAUCGGCUGUACCUGUCCACAUGAAGAAGAAGGUGCUGACUCUGGAAAAUACGCCGCGACGUAGAGUAAUGUUUUGUAAUAUGUUACGUAAGCAUUUUUUCUCUUUCUUUUUUUAUAUCGUUUAUUUAUUACUCUGACUUUUUGUGGAAUUAUGCGCGAUAUGUGACUCCCUGUGCGCUGAGUGUGUCGAUAAUGAAUCACGAAUUUUGCCAAGUUCUUAUCAAGACCAUAGCACACAUGAAGAACAUAAGUCACAGAAUAAAAGUAGAAUCACAGUCGAAAAUUCUAGAGACUGAAUGAUUUAUCACUUAAUUCUACUACUUGUGUUUUUUUCAUGCAUUAUGGUCUAGUUUAUAAACCAACAUAUAAGAAUAAAUAAA